AUGACUAUCCACUAUCUUGGCCCCGAGAACUCGGCUCUUUUCCAACCCCUGACCAUUGCUAAUGGAAACAUUACCCUCCGCCACCGCAUCAUCCAUGCGCCUUUGACCCGUAACCGCGGAGUGCCGGAAAACCCUAUCAGCACGGCAGAUAUUCCAAACCGUGUCUGGAUUCCUGGUGAUCUUGUGAUUGAUUACUAUUCUCAGCGUGCCACCGAGGGCGGCUUGAUCAUCUCGGAGGGUAUCCCUCCUUCUCUCGAGAGCAAUGGCAUGCCGGGUGUCCCCGGUAUUUUCACCUCGGAGCAAGCCAGUGGCUGGAAGAAGGUUGUCGAUGCCGUCCACGCCAAGGGGGGCUUCGUCUAUUGUCAGCUCUGGCACGCCGGCCGUGCUACGAUCCCCCAGAUGACUGGCUCCCCUGCUGUGUGCCCCUCGGCUAGUGUGUGGGACUCGCCCACGGAGUGUUAUUCGCACCCGCCCGUUGGCUCCACCGAGCCCGUGCCAUACGAGAAUCACCCGCCGAUCGAGCUAUCCGUGGCGCAUAUCAAGCAAACCAUCCAAGACUAUUGUGCUGCGGCCAAAACCGCUAUGGAAAUUGGUUUUGAUGGUGUGGAGAUCCACGCUGGAAAUGGCUACCUUCCUGAGCAAUUCCUUAGCUCCAAUAUUAACAAGCGAACUGAUGAGUAUGGCGGUACCCCUGAGAAGCGCUGCCAGUUCGUUUUUGAACUUAUGGAUGGACUUGCAAAAACCAUUGGCGAGGAGAACCUGGCUAUUCGUCUCUCGCCGUUUGGUCUGUUCAAUCAGGCCCGCGGCGAGCAGCGUGUUGAGACCUGGACUUAUCUUUGCGAAGGCCUGAAGAAGGCCCAUCCGAGUCUCUCAUAUGUCAGCUUCAUUGAACCACGUUUUGAACAAAUCUUCAGCUAUGAGGAGAAGGAUGCUUUCCUCAAGAGCUGGGGUUUGCUCGACGUCUCCCUCGAAAAGUUUCGGCAAAUCUUCGGCUCAACCCCUUUCUUCUCUGCUGGCGGCUGGGACGAUAAGAACUCGUGGGGCGUGGUCGAGUCUGGCAAAUACGAUGCCCUUCUGUAUGGUCGGUACUUUAUCAGCAACCCCGACCUAGUCGACAGACUGAAGGAGGGCCUCCCGCUCGCCGCGUACGAUCGUACUCGUUUCUAUGGACCCUUCGAGGACAAUGCCUUCCAUUACACUGACUACCCAGUCGCGGCUAAGCAGUGA